CAGGAGAAACCCCCAGAGAAGCGGUGCGGCCACUGCUCCCGGAGCCCCUCCACCUGCCCUCUUAGACUGCUGAUUCUAUUGGCCUGCACUCGGCCUUCCCCAGAGACAUGGAGGUAUAAAUCGUACAGCAGGAGGGCUGAUCGAUUUGGCUGGCCCAGUGGGUUUCUUCUGGAUGUACUGAGGCCAUGGGACCAGAGGACAGAGCUCCUGACCUGAAAAAAGAAUUCUUUGAAUUGUCAGGAUGCUUUCGGCCUUAAGUACCCGGCCAGCAGGACAAUCUCCAAGGACAAUGAACCUCACGCUGGGCCUGAGUCUGGGCCUGGGCCUCUUCCUGGCUGGCCUCCUCACCACAGAAGGGCAGCGGAAGCCCAUCUUCUCUUCUCCGAUCUUGAUGACUAAGGUUUACCCCCGAGGAUGGAAGGAAGAAAUGAACGCCCAGAAUGUGGCCAAGCGCAACAUGGAAUUUGGCCUCAAGAUGCUCAGGAAGCUGGCUGCCAACAGCCCCAGGAAGAACGUCUUCUUCUCGCCCUUGAGCAUCUCCUCUGCCUUCUCCCUGCUGUGUCUGGGGGCCCAAGACUCAACGCUGGCCGAGAUCAAGGAGGGCUUCAACUUUAAGGGGAUGCCGGAUAGGGACCUGCACCAAGCCUUCCACCGCUUCCUCUACCAGCUGAACCAGGAGAAGGAGGACAUCAAGCUGCUCUUCGGCAACACCAUGUUCAUGGACCGGAAGCUGGAGCCCCAGCAGAAGUUCCUGAGAGUGGCCAGGAACAUAUACAAUGCGGACAUUCUUCCUGUCAACUUCCACGACCUGGAAGACACCCAGAAACAGAUAAAUGAGUACAUCAGUCAGAAAACCCACGGCAGAAUUGACAACCUGGUCAAGAAUAUCGACCCUGGCACUGUGAUGCUUCUUACGAACUAUGUUUAUUUUCGAGCCAGGUGGGAACAUGAGUUUGAUCCAAAACAAACGAAGGAGGAAGACUUCUUUGUGAGCAGGACCCAAGCAGUGAAGGUGCCCAUGAUGUUCCGAGCGGGGCUAUACGACAUGGGCUAUGACAAGCAGCUCUUCUGCACCAUCCUGGAGAUUCCCUACCAGGGCAACUUCACGGCCACCUUCCUUCUGCCCGACAAGGGCAAGAUGAGACACCUGCAGGAGAACCUGCGGGCAGACGCUUUCGGCAGAUGGAAACAACUCAUAACAAAACGGGUUGUCAACGUGCACGUGCCCAGGCUCCUCAUUUCCAGUACCUACAACCUGAAGAAGACCCUCUCCGAGCUGGGCAUCAGCAGGAUCUUUGAGCAGCAUGGUGACCUCACGCGGAUUUCCCCUCACCGCAGCCUGAAAGUGGGGGAGGCGGUGCACAAGGCCGAGCUGAAGAUGGACGAGAAGGGGACCGAGGGGGCCGCAGGCUCCGGGGUGGAGACGCUGCCCAUGGAGAAGCCCGAAAACUUCACGAUAAACAGACCCUACCUGAUGGUGCUUUAUGAGACCAGAAUGCCGUCCCCGCUCUUCUUGGCAAAGAUUUCUAACCCGAAGGGGAAAUAGGAUUUCUUGAGCACUGCAGAGCUCAGCCACCAGUUGGGAUAAACACACUUUGUCCCCGUGGGGGGCGGGGUGCACAGGCACACUCUGACCUCAUCCUGCCCUGGACUGCUCCCAUGGCUGCCCAGAAGUGCUGCCUCCCAGGCCACCCCAAACCCCUCUCUGCAGACUGGGUUUCCUGCAUUAAACACUGUGCUCACCCA